GGACAUGGUGGUGGCUACUUGGUGGAGCAGUUGCAGUCCGACAGGUCGAGCCACUUCUGGGGUCCUAAGGCGGAGGGUGGGGGCCAUUGCCGCGACGGCACGGCAGCACUGGCCUUGGAGUUCGGGCCCGAGCCCGACGACGAGAGGGACUGUGGCUUGAAAUUCUCUCUGUGGAAUGACUUGGGCAGUUCCUUCGGUCUCUGUUCUCAUGAGUAUCUUCGCUCAGUGGAAGCACGGAGCUGCUUUGACAUCAACAGCUCAUGGGAACGCUUUGCCGCUAAAGAUGCUUGCAGAAUCUUCAGGGAAUCCGAGGAGCUGAUAGUGGAUUUGAUCAUGGAUCAAUCACGCUUACCUGGAGUGGGAAAUAUCAUUAAGUGCGAAGGGCUCUUUGCCGCGCAUAUUUUUCCACUGCGGAGGUCUUGUGAGUUGAGUGUGGCGGAGUGGAUGGAAUUGCUUUUGGCUUUGCACCGCUUUUCGGACCAAUGGUAUCAACACUGUCAACAAAGUGCGAACGGCCAGCAAAUGGGAUGUUGCCAUUUGAUGCGUGUCUAUGGACACUGGAACUGCUCUGAGUGCCAGCAUCCUGUGAGUCUAAUCAAGGAGGGCAAGCGCCAGCGCAUCACCUACUUCUGCCCCAUGUGUCAACCGCACGAAGAAAGCCACAGCAUCCCACGGUCGCAUCGUUGCGAGAUGCUGAUAACCUUGACACCGUGUCACUGUGGGUUACAGCCAGCGGUCUUGCAAGUGCGCGCGGGGAACUAUGCUGGUGCUUGGGACGAUCGGAGGCCCUACCUCUCUUGUUCCAGAAGGCGUGGCAGCCGUUACGACGAUGGCGGCUGCGGCCUUCCUGGCCCCUGGGAUGGCUGCGGCUUUCACGUGUGGCUGGACGACGUGCACACGAUGCCGGAGUGUCACUGCAAGAAGCCCGCGCUGCUGCGCCGCGUGGUGGGACUGCGUGAGAACGGCCGCCACUUCCUGCGUUGCGCACAGCGCGGCGCAGGUGGCUGCCGCUUUCGCUGUUGGUUGACCUUCAACGUCCCGGUCCCACAGCGGCGCUGGCGCCGUGGUGCGGCCGUCAGGGUGGAAGGAGGUGAGCAAAGAGCACUGGAGGAGGACAGCUCCUCCCCCGAGACCUCCUCAAGCGAAAAGGGCGAUGUCACGGAAGGCACGACUUCAAAAAGAACGGCGUUCACAGCGGCUGGAUACAAAACCAAACGUUGGCUCACCCGAUAACAGCCCCGGGGCUCGUCCCGAUAGCAGCCACCUGCAGGUUUCAGCUACCAAAUUUCAGCAGAUGAUGUGAUGAAGCUCCAAAUCCUGGUGCCGUCCAAGUCCUGACCCAUCCUGACCCAAAAUGCUGCAGAUCCAGAUCUGUCCUGGGCAGCUGAAAGAACUUGGAGCGAGUUGCUCCAGUAUUUGAUUGCCAAAGUUGAGGUGAAAUUGAGAGACGCAUUCAGGCUGACUAGUCAACACUUCAGGCCAGCAUUUGGCCUCGUUAGACUUGAUCCAGCUUGACGCUUUUAUAUCCAGCUUGACGCUUUUGAUCAGAUUGCAGGAGAAAACCAACAUUGCGGAGUUUCCAUUGUUGCACUUUUCUAGUGGUUUCACAUAUAUGUGUGUUUUAUCCUUGUUUGAUAUCAUUGGUAUAGACUCUUGAUGGCGAAGUGCCCGAUCCAAUGCCAGACUUCACUGCG